UAAUCAAAAAUUUCAAGAUGGUUAUCAGUAAGAUUAUUUAUUAAUUGUUGUUAGUUAUCAGUUUUAUAACAAAAGCUAAAGCGCUCACUCAACAGAAGUGAACACUGCAUGUCACAACAAGGAAGGAAUGUUUACAUAACGUUCUAGCCACUGUAAUAACGUCGUAAAUUACUACACAUGCGAACAGCUUACAAGCAAUGUCACAAGAGCAGCGGCUCACAGCCUCACACACGCACCAUAGGAGGCGUUGCACCCACACACAUUUCGCGCGAUUUUUUCCCGCCAUAAUCAUUUCGCGGUUUGAAGUGUCCGAUUGCUCGCCGUCGAUUGCGACAGCAGUAGCGGCGACUGCUAAAAGUCAUCCAGCCACGAUAACGGACUCCGACGGAAGGUGGUGAAGUCGCUCAAAGCGCGCCAUUCUCAACAGGUGCCCACGUCCGUCUGAUACGAUGUGUCCGAGCUGCGCAAAGAACGCGGUGUCGUGCUUCGCCAUCGUCGCUAUGUGCCGUAACCGGGGGAUCGGCUUCAAGAAGGCCCUGCCGUGGAGGCUCAAGAAAGAAAUGGCCUACUUCUCGCGACUCACGAAAGACGCGACUGAGGGAAAGCAGAACGCCGUCGUCAUGGGACGCCUCACGUGGGAGUCCCUGCCGUCGAAGUUCCGGCCACUGAGCGACAGGAUAAACGUUGUGGUGAGCAAGACACUGACCGAGGUUCCAGAGGGACACCACGUGGCGUCCAGCUUUCCAGAUGCUGUGCAGAUUUUGCAGACGCUCGUCAAUGCUGGGAAGGUGGACAAGGUGUUUGUGAUUGGAGGAGCUCAGCUCUAUCGUGAGCUGCUUGACAGUCCCCACUGUGCCCGUAUAUACCUGACCGAAAUUGACAAUGAGUUCGAGUGCGACGUCUUCUUCCCGGAAUUUGACGCCAGCAAGUUCCGGCUGGUCAAAGAGGAUGGCGUGCCUGAGGAACCCCAGCAGGAAGGCGACAUCACUUACCAUUUUCGAGUCUAUGAGCGUGUACAAAAGUGACUGUUGCACCUCAGCCAUGGAUAGUGAGAAGUGUUAUUGCAUUUGGAGCGAUGAUGCUGUUUAUUAUUGUUUUGUUUUGCGUGUGUGCCAUUUGCAGUAAGACACUGUUGUGCUGUUACAAUUUGUUUCCCAUGUACAUUUUUUUUUACCCACUAAAGAAAGUGCUAGUUAUGUUUUUAUAUUUGUACGUGCUUACAUUCUAUUUGUAGUUUACUAACGAAUACCUGAAGUGUACAGUAUCGCCCAUUGUUAAAGGGAACAGGUAAUCGGUAAUACAGCCAAUUAAUUGGAACAUUACUUCACCUUUAUCGCAAACAAGUACUUCGUAAGUGUACAUUUCUACAUGAAAAAUUAGUUUGCAGGCCUUUAUGCCAUAUCUCAGUGAUAAUAAAUGGCAUUGUACAAAUUGAAUGACCCCUUUGAGAGUGGACCAUCUUCUGCCUGCUGACAUAUUGUUUGCAGUCCAAUUACGCUCAUCUGAAGUGGACAUCCGUCGGUGCUCAUUAAAGUAAUCUGAGUAAAGCCCUGGCGUUAUUUCUCGGUGUUCCUCCGUCUUGGUGUGCAGGAAGCUGUACUCGAGCAUCAAGGCUUGUUUUAUGUGGCAGAGUUUACUGAUGUUUCAAAACCAGUACCACUUUGUCUGGAAUACAGAAUGAUUUGACUGGAAAUGUGGGCAAAUUCUGUGUGAACCAAGGUGCUUCACAUGAAAGCAGUGUUCAGCAACCUGCAUGCUUAAAGCAUUGCACGUCCUUUUGAAGCCCAUACAUGAAGUUAUGCCAGUUUGAUAGAAUAAACUUUUUGAAUUGCAAACAGGUCAGUCUUGCCGCCAGUGGAGGCUUGGUAAACUAGGAAGGUUGUGUAAACGAAAGACAUGUGGCAACACCACCCUGAAAUUGCUGCAUUAGCCUCUCGUCGCAGGCUAAUUAACCGACUUCUCUCGACAUCUCAAGGCUAAUUAACCAUCUACUAACAACUGAAAGAAAGGCCACAACAUUCAAAUGUAAACAAAAACUUAAGCAGGUAACAUUUACAAGAUUUAUCGGCACACAAAAAAGCCCCAAUUGUGCGAAAGGAUAGGGAACUCCAUGGCAUCACGGCUGUAUCUAAGGUCGUGGCAUGACUUUCACAUAGGUAAGUCUAGUCUUUUCAUUAAUAAUUGUCACUUUUCCAUGGUAAAUGUCCAAAUAGAGUUUUUGAGGAACAAUCUAAUCGUCUAAACUUGUUCAGAGUUCCUGUAAAUGGCAUAACACACAAUAUUAAACGAGUAGACUGCCAUAUACACCUACCAUAAGCUAACUAGCUGUUUUUAUUCUGUGCCCUUU